AUGUCCGGCCGCGCUACUGCCGUUGGGGUGGAGCCUCUGGUCGUGGACCUGGUGAAUCAUAGCCCCACGCCCUAUUUGAAGUCGACGGCGAAGAUCAUGUUGAGCAUAGUGGAGUCUCAGAUGAAGGAGGAAGUGAAGAAGAGCUACAAGGACCAGGUCAAUGUUCUUCUCAAAGCGUUCGACAUCUGCAGCAAGGACGCUGAAGAGGCCGGUGGAGGCCACAAGACCACUUUCGAUGCGGAGAACGUCAAGCACGCGUUGUGCCGCAAGGAUGAGGCUGCUGCUUACUCCGUCAGCGAGGCCUGCAACAAGGAGUUGACGGCUGCUGGCAACGAGCAGAAGACACAAUGCGAUGAGCUGAUCCCUCUGGAGUCGUCGCAGUCAAGAUCACUGCUUAUGUCUCGCGAAGCAAGCGACGAGGGGCACGAGGAGCAGCUGAAGCGACUGCAAAACCUCAUCGCAGCCAACCUUGCAGCGUGGGGAGAGCAGAAAGAUAAGUGCACCAAUGCCACUGCAGCAGCGGCGACCAAGAAAUCUGAAUGUGAUCCCAAGGCUGCGGCCCUCAGUGAUUUGAGGGAAAAAUGCAACGGAGUGCAAGACACCAUGGACAGCGCCUCCUGUUCCUACUACCGAUCCAUGGACACCGCCUGCAACGAGUGCUACAAGUCCGCGAAGACAAACUACGAGAACGGCAAGUCCCUCCUAAAGACCCUGGAGCAGGAGUGGGACAGUAUCAUGAAGAUCCAGUGCUUGCUGCAAACCUUCGUGGAGCAGGAUGGCGCGAAGGAAGGCCACAUCAAAAAAUGCAACGACACAGAUCACGAUGGUGAGAUGGAUCUCAAGCUGACAUUUCCGCCACUUCCAGCCAUGGACUGCAAGCUACCCAACAACACGGCCGGCAGCCAGAGUUACGCGAAUCUCUACAGGCUUCUGCCCGCCGACGCUCCUGCAAAGAUCUGCGCAGCUGAUUGCUGUGUUGUCACUGGCUGGGUUAAAUGCGCGACGACGCCUGCAUCAAAAGAACAACUGAAGACUUGCCCGCAGGGGUAUGGCUACAAGUGGCGCUUGAAGAAGGUGGAUGACGGCGCCGUCUGCCUUGAAGGAACAGACUGGUGCAAAACUGGCCGUUCUCUCGGAUACUUCUUGGAUGAUUAUGAUGUUUGGAACUGGCACAACUACAUCCAUCCAGGUCCAGCCCUCCCAAAUGACGGGGAUCAGUGCGGACUCACUACCGAUGAAGGAGUAGCUUGGAACUAUGCGACUACGUUUAAAAAAAGAAAAAAUGCCGUUUCGGAGCUGGAGCUCUAUUAUUGGAGAAGUUGA